UACCUCAUUCCUUAUAAUUUUAUAAAAAUAUCAAAACAUAAUACUUUAGUUCUAGCACAGCGUGGAUACUUUAAGGAUUCAACGUUUGUGAAUUAUCUUAAGUAUCUGUUAUACUGGAAGGAACCGGAGUACGCAAAGUAUUUGAAGUAUCCCAUGUGUCUAUAUUUCUUAGAUCUAUUGCAAUAUGAACACUUCAGAAGAGAAGUAGUGAACUCUCAAUGUACAAAGUUUAUAGACGAUCAACAAAUAUUACUAUGGCAACAUUAUACCAGACGUAGAACAAGAUUGUUGCAGACUGCAGCAGAGCAAACGCAACAUGCGAAUCCUCAAAACAAUGGUAUUGUACAGCCUAAGGUUCCGUGAAUAGUGUCCGACUAUUUUAACGUAUCCAUAAGAAUUAUAAUAUAAAAGUAACGUUAUACAUGACGAAAUGACAUAUAAUAUUGUUUAUAGCCAUAGCUUCUCUUCAGG